UAUGCAUUUGAGGUCUUUUUGAACUUUGAAAAUCCUUGUGAGAAAGGCUUUGAAGAAAGAGAGGGCAAAUUUUGGGGUACAACAGCUGCCACUGACGAAAUCGAAGAAGAAUUAGAGCAUCAAGAUCCCCAACCACAGCAAGCCAACAAUCCCGCCACCAUCGACGCAAUAUAUGCCGUAAUAAUGCAACAAAACCAGUUGUCCACUCAACGCCACCAGAGCCUCGAGACACGCCAAAUCGAGAUGAUGACUCUCAUGCAACAAAUGCAGAGAGACCAAAAUGACUACGCUCUCAGGCACGAUCAAAGUAUGCUGGAAUUCACCACAGGAAUAACGGCAGAUAUGCGAGCCUUAACACUCCGUGUUAAUGACUUGCAUAAUAUCAUAUCCCAAAGAGAUGGCGGCGAAUCUUCCAGACAUGGCGGGCAAGCACGUCGAAGAGCAAGGACACGUGGCCGAUACCAAAGACAAGAGGAGGAAGAAUGA